CUCGGGCAUUUGUUGAGGGGAUCUGUGAAACGCGGAUGUCCCUGAUGAAGGGAGAUGGAGAUGAAAGUGGUGACCGGGAUCUUUUGUCGCUUGGAAGCACGAGCAGAAGCACAAGCAGCAGUCAGGGGGAAGUUUUUCCAACGAAGCAAGCAAGUGCAGGAGUAGAGGAUGAAUCCAUGUAUCUUACCAUGUUGUGCUCGCUCUCGAGGAAUGGCCUGAACAUGCUGGCGGGUGGUGCGAACGGUGGAUUUAGUCUGAAGUCUCCUGCUAUCGGAAAUUUGGAUGUCACUCCUGGAAUUUCAGGCUUGCGGAAUUUAUCGCUGGGGGCUGGGAGUGAGAGGACGAGUACGGUUUCUGGCGGUGGAUUUACAGAAUUCUACAGGUCCAGUGUGCCUAAGAUUCGAUCAUCAUUGUCAGAGACAGGAUUGCGGUCCGUAAGCGAUGACAUAAAGGUCAACGGCGAGGGAAGGGAAUCUCCCUCUCACCGAGAAGAGAUUGGUAGGAUUUCUGGCAAAGUGGGAUUUCCGCUUAAAAGCGAUGUUACAAAUUUAUCAACAGAUGCAUGCUGGAGGCUAAUUCUCAAACUUGGGAUGCGUUGGCCUGCUUGGAAUGGAACAACGGCAUCACUAGCAAAUCAAGAGGUGAUAAAAGACAAAGAAAACGAAAAUGAGGAGCAAGGCGGAAAGCCGGAGACUCUUCAUCAAGGACAAAACUCUUUAAGAUUGCUCGCUAGCCGGGCCUUAGAAGCGCUUGCUCAGGCACCUUCUGAUCAUUAUGGCAGACGUGCUGGAGAUAUGCUGGCUCCAAAACAGAAAUCACAGGCGAUAUUAGAAACAAAAGCAGCAGAGAAUGCAUCGCAUCUUCCAAAAUCAGUUCAGCAAAGCUUAAUUGCUUCUAAGCAGUCAACUUUGGUGGCCAAAGCAUCCACUAUGUCACGAGAAAUGCUUGCCCCGAAGUCUACAUUUAAUGAGUCUCGAACUGCAUCCCUAACAAUCUUUUAUGAUGGAACUGUGAAUGUCACUGACAAUGUCCCAGCAGACAAGGCACGCCUUAUUAUGUUGAUUGCUGAAAAUUCUGGAACAACUCAUAAUACGAAAGCAUUGAAGAAUGUAGCCCCAAUUUCAAGACCACUUUCGCAAGUCCGGCCUAUCCUAGUUCCUACCUCUCCCUCAAAAGUAGACCCGUCGCAAUAUCUCCCGCAAUCCAAGCCCUUUUCUGUUCCCUCUGACCAGGCACCCUCUGCUAAUCGUAUCGAAGGUUCAACCUUCGAUCAAGGACCUGCAGAGGAUUCAAAUCCUGCAAAGACGGCCUCUGCUGAACAGCCUCCAGUGCCUCUCACCCUACCAAAUGCUCGGAAAAAUUCAUUGGCGCGUUUUCUGGAUUCACGAAAGAGGAGCAGAGGCCAAUGCUCGGAGGGUACAUUAGCGAAGAAACCAGUCUCUUCACAGGGUCGGUCAUCUAAUGCAAAGGAUUUAAAGGGUGGUGGGAAGUCACCUAUGCCAGACUUGUGUCGUAAUAUACCUUUGGAAAAGGAAGGGCCAUCUACCAUGUUAGCCAAAGCAGCAGACAAAAUAUCAACAGAUGUUGAGAUGAAGGAAUCGCUUGCGAAGUAGGAGUUGGCUAUGGAAGUACGUCAGGCCAAGAAGUCAAUAUUACUUGUCACAUAGAUAAUAAAUAGGUUAGAGAUUUUUGUUAGAGGUCACCUUUCUUUUCGCUUGGUGUUGAAGGUGAAACCUUGUAUAGGAUGCAUCAAGGUAGAGAUAAUUAAUUUAGGAACAAAGAAAAAUUCCAGCACUUGAAGGUCUUAAAAUCUGUGUCCCACCAGUUCACAGAUUCAUAAAAACUAACCAUGUGCCUUGUCAGGUGCUGGUGAUCUUGAGUUGAUAGAUUUUAAAGAAUUAUAUUGCAGAGUAACGUAAGGAUUCACUCGAUCUUUAGGAUUAGUGAGGAAGCCGGCCUUGUUGCUAGAUGAGUACCUGAUUUGGAGCGAGAUGGAGUUCUUGUGGUGAUGAAUUGAUGUCUUUCGAGCAUUUUGCAAGAAUUUGAUGUCCAAAACUUUCUUUUUAAUGGGAAUGGGAUGUACGACUGCAUCAACUAUGAUUCUUUU